CGGCGGCAAUAUUCAAUACCCAAUACUCUGGCGUCAAGAUCAGUAUACUGUAAAAUUUACGUUGCUAACAGUCGUCUAGAUUGAGGGAUGGCUCGUACUCGCAUCGAGGGGCUUUUGUGUAGCAUUGUUGAUGUCAGGUGAUGCCAUUCACUCGAUUGGACCGAGAGCUCGAGUCCAAGCGUGUGCAGCGACUCAUCACUCGCGCAAAUGUGUGAUCCUUCACCAGUCGCGAUGCUGGCGCCUCACUCUUCCUUUCAAGAUAUAUCAUUCCCACAUCACAUAGUCCACAUCAGCACCAGUGCAAAGACCAAAAUCGAAGAAGGCUAGAGACCAGCAGCAAGCAACAUGCCGCGUUCAGAGAUCGGCGAAGACGACGAGAAAGCGGACACGUACGAUCAGUCUCCAGUAGAUGCCCAAAAGUCCGCGAAAGAUGCCGUCGAGUCUGUCGUAGUCACAUCGGGCUGUCGACCAGCAGACGCACCACCUGCCAUAGCGCGUUACCAAGUCCCUGGCGCUCGAGGAUACAAGGCUGCUCCGCUCGCAGCAGCUACCGAAUACUCAGAGACCCUUCCAUACGGUAUUGGUCGGCCACGAGUCGAUUCAGCCCAGACCUCCCGAGGCCAUGGAUUCCUGCAGAAAGAGUAUGGCUGGGGCACAGGAUCGAGCGCCUUCCAGCCACGACCUGUGAGCAAUGCAUAUGCCUUGGGCGCUGCACAGUCCACCUGUGCUGCAGCGCGAACCACAUCUCCGGCGAAUCAAGUUGGGUUGUCCAAGCAGCAGUCGCUGCAACCCGCUGCUAGCUCUACGACCCCGACGUCCUCAAGUACCGGCAAGACGACCGAAGACUGGAAGAUCGGAGAUGUGUUGUGGGUGCCAUGGCACACCCACAACAACGAUCCCAAAAUCGAACCCGACGACGAGCAACUAAGUUACACGCAGCUAGGGCCGCUGCUCACCAAGUGGCGCCCUGCCAUCAUCAUCCGCAAGACUGGCGAAUCCAUGGUCGUCCUGCCCUUGUUCUCCUGGAACGGAGUUGGCCUGGCCAACAAAGUCACCAGAAGCCGUCAAUUCGAGUACUGCUGCGUGCAGCAAGCCGGUCAGCCCAAGGUCGAGAAGCAUCCAACGACGGACUACACUACUGUUGUGCUCUUCUCAGACGACCCAGACUUUGAGCUGAAGCCAACGAGCUGUGUGCAUCUUCUAGGUGGGUAUCCUGUGGGAUAUGAUCACCCGGCACAGAAGAUCGGACAUCUGACUACUGACUCAAUUGACUGUUUGAGGCAUAGCGUGCGAAAGGCGGAGAGUCAGGCUGAUGCGACAUAUGGCAAGCUGACAGCUAAGCAGCUUGCUGAUGCGAUUAAGACAGGGGCCAAGACUGCGCAGGCCAGUGUGAGGAACUUGUUCAUGCGCUCAACGAAAGCCCGAGAGAAUGCCAUGCGUGGCUUUUGAGGGCGUGAUUCACAGGACUUCCAAGCUCUGCUGAUUGAUUGUGAUUCUGCGUCGAUGAGUACGCGGUUCUUGAGAGGCUGGCCAGCAACAUGAAGGAACGAAUUUGUUGGAUGAACUUAAUUGAGGCCAGGGGCUUUUUGCUUGCUUUGCGCACUGGAUGCGAAAGUCUUUUCUUACAUGGGUCGGCAUGCGUGCAUAGACGAGCGAUCGAGCUCGAACACUUUCUUUAAAGGGCACUUGGGGC